AUGGUCAACUUCACCGUGGAGGAGAUCCGCCAGCUCAUGGACAGGCCCAAGAACAUCCGUAACAUGUCCGUCAUUGCCCACGUCGACCACGGCAAGUCCACCCUUACCGACUCCCUCGUCCAGCGCGCUGGUAUCAUCUCAGCCAAGAACGCCGGUAGCGCGCGAUUCACGGAUACCAGAGCAGAUGAACAAGAGCGUGGUGUCACCAUCAAGUCGACUGCCAUCUCUCUGUACGGUCAGCUCAUCGACGACGAGGACCUCAAGGACCUCCCAAAGGUCGACGCUACCGAGGAAAACCACUUCUUGAUCAACUUGAUUGACUCGCCAGGUCACGUUGACUUCUCAUCUGAGGUCACCGCUGCUCUCCGUGUCACUGACGGUGCUCUCGUUGUCGUCGACACCAUCGAAGGUGUGUGCGUGCAGACCGAGACUGUGCUCCGUCAGGCUCUCGGUGAGCGUAUUCGUCCAGUUGUCAUCAUCAACAAGGUCGAUCGCGCUCUUCUCGAGCUUCAGCUCAGCAAGGAGGAUCUGUUCCAGAACUUCUCCCGUGUCAUCGAGUCCGUCAACGUCGUCAUCUCGACUUACUACGACAAGGCUCUUGGUGACUGCCAGGUCUACCCAGACAAGGGCACGAUCGCCUUUGGUUCCGGUCUCCACGGCUGGGCCUUCACCGUCCGCCAGUUCGCCACUCGUUACUCCAAGAAGUUCGGUGUCGACAAGGUCAAGAUGAUGGAGCGUCUCUGGGGUGACUCUUUCUUCAACCCAAAGACCAAGAAGUGGACCAAGGUUGGCACACACGAGGGCAAGGACCUCGAGCGUGCUUUCAACCAGUUCUGUUUGGACCCGAUUUUCCGCAUCUUCGACAACAUCAUGAACUUCAAGAAGGACCAGAUCCCAACUCUCCUCGAGAAGCUUGAGAUCAAGCUCGCCAACGACGAGAAGGACCUCGAGGGCAAGCAGCUCCUCAAGGUUGUCAUGCGCAAGUUCUUGCCAGCCGCCGAUGCCCUCAUGGAGAUGAUGAUUCUCCACCUUCCAUCUCCAGCGACUGCCCAGAGAUACCGUAUGGAGACUCUUUACGAGGGUCCACCAGAUGACGAGUCUGCCAUUGGUAUCCGGGACUGCGACCCCAAGGGACCUCUCAUGCUUUACGUCUCCAAGAUGGUGCCGACCUCUGAUAAGGGUCGUUUCUACGCUUUCGGUCGUGUCUUCUCUGGUACUGCCCGCUCUGGUCUCAAGGUCCGCAUCCAGGGACCAAACUACGUUCCAGGCAAGAAGGAGGACAUGUUCAUCAAGGCCAUCCAGCGUACCAUUCUCAUGAUGGGUCGUUACACUGACCCAAUUGAGGAUGUGCCAGCCGGUAACAUUCUUGGUCUUGUCGGUAUCGACCAGUUCUUGCUCAAGUCUGGUACCCUUACCACCUCCGAGACUUCGCACAACCUGAAGGUCAUGAAGUUCUCCGUGUCUCCUGUCGUGCAGCGAUCCGUCGAGGUCAAGAACGCCAACGAUCUUCCAAAGCUUGUCGAAGGUCUCAAGCGUCUGUCCAAGUCGGAUCCUUGCGUCCUUACCUACAUCUCCGAGUCCGGUGAGCACGUCGUUGCUGGUGCCGGUGAGCUCCAUCUCGAGAUCUGCUUGAAGGAUCUUGAGGAGGACCACGCUGGCGUGCCACUCCGCGUCUCCGACCCAGUCGUCCAGUACCGUGAGACUGUCGCUGGCGACUCGAGCAUGACUGCGCUCUCCAAGUCGCCAAACAAGCACAACCGUAUCUACGUUAUCGCGACUCCUCUCGCUGAGGAGGUUGCCAAGGACAUUGAGUCCGGCAAGAUCGGUCCCCGUGACGAUUUCAAGGCUCGCGCCCGUAUCCUUGCCGACGACCACGGUUGGGAUGUCACUGACGCACGUAAGAUCUGGUGUUUCGGCCCAGACACCAACGGCGCCAACUUGCUCGUCGACCAGACCAAGGCCGUGCAGUACCUCAACGAAAUCAAGGAUUCCGUUGUCUCUGGUUUCCAGUGGGCAACCAAGGAAGGUCCAGUCGCCGAGGAGCCAAUGCGAAACGUGCGCUUCAACAUCAUGGAUGUCACCCUCCACACCGAUGCCAUUCACCGUGGUGGUGGUCAGAUCAUCCCAACGACCCGUCGUGUGCUCUACGCCGCCACUCUUCUGGCCGACCCAGGUCUUCUCGAGCCAGUCUUCUUGGUCGAGAUCCAGGUUCCAGAGCAGGCUAUGGGUGGUAUCUACGGUGUGCUCACCCGCCGAAGAGGUCACGUUUUCGAGGAGGCACAGCGUCCAGGUACCCCACUCUUCAACGUCAAGGCAUACCUCCCUGUCAACGAGUCCUUCGGUUUCAACGCAGAUCUCCGCUCCAACACAUCCGGACAGGCUUUCCCACAGUCAGUGUUCGACCACUGGCAGAUCCUCCCAGGUGGCUCCGUCCUCAACAAGGAAUGUCCACCAGGAAAGAUUGUCGAGGAUAUGCGCAAGCGCAAGGGUCUCAAGCCAGAUGUUCCAGGCUACGAGAACUACUACGACAAGUUGUAA